CUUCAAAUCAAUCAAUGCAAAGAACUAGUCAAUUGAAAUACACACAAUGAAACUGAACACAAAGCUCACGCAAUUAUGCACAAUUUUAUUACUUACAAUAUUCAUGGUAACAAUAGUAUUUGCAUCCAAUGAAUCCUUUCCUUCAUCUCUACCCGGUUGCAAAAACACAUGUGGAGAUGUCAAAAUUCCAUAUCCAUUCGGAAUAUCCAAUUCAUUAAUACCAAAUCAUGGACCUUGUUUUCUAGACCCCUUCUAUAACCUCACUUGUGAAAACGACACAAAAUUAUUGUGGAGCGAUAUACAAGUUUCCAACAUAAGCGUCAUCGAAGGACAACUUGAACUGUUGUUCUUUGUCUCCAGCAAUUGUGGUAAUGGUAACGGAAGUUACAAUCAAUCCUUUUUAGACAUUUUUGAUGGCAGAUUCAGCUUAUCAACCAGAGAAAAUAAGUUUUUAACAGUUGGUUGUAACAGUAUCGGUUUUCUCAGAAGCACUUACGAGAAAGAAACAUUUUACACCGGUUGCUUAACAAUAUGCGACGGUACUCGAAACAGAAUCGAAAACGGAGCAUGUUCGGGUAUUGGUUGUUGUCAAGUUGAUAUUCCACCUAUGAUGAGGAAUAUAACUAUACAAUCUUCUAAUUAUCUCGAUUUAAACGAAUCUUUGGGAUGUAGCAAUUCGUUUGUUGUUAAAAAUGGAUUUUAUAAUUUCUCUGUUUCUGAUUUGGACAAUUUUCCUUCUGAGAAGCUUCCUUUGAUUCUUGACUGGAGUGUUGGAAGUAAACAUUGUAAUGCUUCAAAGAUUGAAGAUGGUUAUGCUUGCAAGAAUAAUAGUGAUUGUUAUGAUGAAGACAUUGAUUUUGGUUAUCGAUGUAAAUGUAAGGACGGUUAUGGAGGAAAUCCGUAUCAUCCAGAUGGCUGCACAGACAUCGAUGAAUGUAAGACGGGGAAUAACACAUGCAUAAGUGAAAAACAUUGUCGCAAUACUGAUGGAUCUCAUGAAUGUUUUUGUCCUGAUGGACAAUCUGGAAAUGGAACGUUGGCAGGAGGUUGUCAUAAACAAGAUGUUAUUACCAAGGUUGCAAUUGGAGCAAGUGCUGGAAUCAUUGUUCUAUUUGUCGCGAUUUCUUCUCUAUACUUGACAUACCAAAAAAGGAAACUCAUCAAACUCAAGCAAAAAUUCUUUCAAAAAAAUGGUGGUUCCAUUUUGGUACAGCAACUAUCUACAAGAGAAGACACUUCUCAAGCAGCACAAAUAUUCACAGAAGAGGAACUUAAGAAAGCCACCAAAAAAUACGACGAAAGCUUAAUCAUCGGUAGAGGAGGUUUUGGUACAGUUUACAAAGGAGUUUUACCUGAUAACAAAAUUGUCGCUGUAAAAAAAUCCAAAAUAAUUGACGCAAAUCAAAUUGAGCAAUUCAUUAAUGAGGUAGUUGUUCUGACCCAAAUAAAUCAUAGGAAUGUUGUCAAACUCCUAGGCUGUUGUCUAGAGACAGAAGUUCCUUCAUUAGUGUACGAAUUUGUUAGCAACGGUACACUUUUCGAUUUCAUACAAAGCACUAAAGAUAAAACAAAUAAUCCAACAUGGAAAACACGUUUAAGGAUAGCAGCGGAGACAGCUGGAGCUUUAUCAUAUCUACAUUCAGCUGCAUCAAUUCCAAUUAUCCACAGAGAUGUUAAGAGUACCAACAUUCUCUUGGAUGACAAUUACACCGCAAAAGUUUCUGACUUUGGAGCUUCCAGAUUGGUUCCACUUGAUCAAACAGAGAUAGCAACAAUGGUGCAAGGAACACUUGGAUACUUAGAUCCCGAGUAUAUGCAAACACAUCAACUAACCGAGAAAAGUGAUGUUUAUAGCUUUGGAGUGGUUCUUGCAGAGCUUCUAACAGGUGACAAACCUCUUUCUUUUAACAGGCAAGAAGAAACCAUUAGUCUUGCUAUGCACUUUUUGUCUUGUUUAAAACAAGAUAAACUUUUUGAUGCUAUUCAAGUUGGAAUUUUGGAUGAUGAAAACAAGAAAGAGAUUAAGGAGGUUGCUAUUCUUGCUGCAAGGUGUUUAAGACUUAGAGGUGAUGAAAGACCUAGUAUGAGGGAAGUAGCUAUGGAGUUGGAUGGUAUAAGGUUAAUGGAGAAGCAUCCUUGGAAUGAUACAGAACAAAACUUUGAAGAGAGUCAACACUUACUUCAUGAGGCAUCUUGUAGUAUCUACAAUGAAACUGGUGAUAGCUACAACCCUGGAUAUAGUGGGUAUGAUAGCUUGAAAGAUCAACCAUUGAUUGUCUUGGAUAGUGGAAGAUGAUUGUGAUGUAUAUGUAUGUAUGUAUGUAUGCACUCUUUUUAUUUUAUUUUUUUCAAUUGAUUUUGAAAGGUGAUGUAGGAGGGUUUCCAUGGUACUUUUAUUUUAGCCCGUUUUUAAUAAUUUAUGUUUUAUUUUUUAUUUUGGAUUUUCGGCAAAUUAGGAUUUUGUUAUUUCACUAGUAUUUAAGCUUAACAUUUGUAGCCUAAGAGGCAAACUUUUAUUCUUUCAAUAAUAUUUUAGAGAGUUUUUUCAA